AUGGGUUCAGACCUGGGCAGUACGCCCAAAAGCGGCUUUGGCUUGAUGAUGCAGAAUCCCUAUCUCUGUGGAGUAGCUUCUUUCUCGACUCUGGGUGGUCUAUUGUUCGGCUAUGACCAGGGGGUGAUUAGUGGUGUGAUCACCAUGGAAUCUUUUGGGGCUCGUUUCCCAGAUGUCUUCUCUGACAGUGGAUUCAAGGGAUGGUUCGUGUCCACACUGCUACUAGCUGCGUGGGCUGGGUCUUUGAUAAACGGGCCUGUUGCUGAUCGCAUUGGACGGAAGCUAUCGAUCAAUGUGGCCGUGGUGAUCUUUGUCGUUGGAUCUGCUAUCCAGUGCGGUGCGGUCAAUAUUCCGAUGCUUUUCACUGGCCGAGCAAUUGCUGGAUUGGCCGUGGGCAUGCUCACCAUGGUUGUACCCUUGUAUAUCUCUGAGGUCUCCAUUCCAGAAAUUCGUGGCGGCCUUGUUGUCGUGCAACAAUUAUCUGUCACGAUUGGCAUUCUAGUCAGUUACUGGAUUGACUACGGUACCAACUAUAUCGGCGGAUCUCGAUGCGCACCAAAUGUCCCAUAUACUGGUGGCACGGCCUCCAAGCCCACCUUCGACCCAUACCAGGAUGUACCAGCUGGAGGCUGCACUGGCCAGUCUGAAGCAUCGUGGCGACUCCCACUAGCCAUUCAAAUUGUUCCUGCGAUCGUUCUAGGGAUUGGCAUGCUGUUCUUCCCAGAUUCUCCAAGAUGGCUUAUGAUGAAGGAACGUGACGAUGACUCGCUGACUGCGCUCUCAAGACUUCGUCGGCAAGAUCGCAGUAGCCGAGCACUUCAGAACGAAUACCUCGAGAUUCGCGCGUCGAUCAUGCUCGAGAACACAUUCGCACGACAGCACUUCCCGGGCCUGUCGGGCCUCAAAUUGCAUGCUGCUCAGUAUAUGUCGUUCCUGACUACCUGGGCCCGCUUCAAACGCUUGGCUAUUGGGUGCUGUGUCAUGUUCUUCCAGCAGUUCAUGGGUUGCAAUGCUAUGAUCUACUAUGCUCCGACUAUCUUUGGACAGCUUGGUCUCGAUGGCAAUACUACCUCCCUCCUUGCAACCGGCGUGUAUGGCAUCGUCAAUUGCCUGAGCACCCUCCCGGCGCUGCUCUUCAUCGACAAGGUCGGCCGUCGUGUAUUGCUCAUGGCUGGUGCCACCGGUACUUGUAUCUCGCUGGUCAUCGUGGGUGGCAUCCUUGGAGGCUAUGGGUCUCACCUGAUGGACCACAAGUCGGCUGGUUGGGCUGGUAUUGCCUUUAUCUACAUCUACGAUAUCAACUUUUCGUACUCGUUUGCCCCCAUCGGCUGGGUUCUUCCAUCGGAGAUCUUCAACCUCUCGAUCCGUUCCAAGGCUAUCUCAAUCACUACAUCAGCUACCUGGAUGUGUAACUUCAUCAUUGGCCUUGUCACCCCGGACAUGCUCAACUCAAUUACGUAUGGGACUUACAUCUUUUUCGCGGCGUUCUGUUUAUUGGCCCUGGCGUUCACAUUCUUCUGCAUUCCCGAAACACGCGGAAAGACUCUCGAGGAUAUGGACCUUAUCUUCGGAGACACGGCCGCACACGAAGAGAAGGAGCGCAUUAAGCAUAUAGAGGCCGAGUUGCGCGGAACGCAGCUUGGUGACCAUGAUGAUCUGAAGCCGGCGGACCAGCAUACGGAGCAUGUCGACGCUGUUUGA